CCGGAUGCCAGACAGCAUAGCAAACAUGUACUGAGUUGCAAACAUGUAAGCUUUGUACGUGUUGUGCAAGCUAUUGUUGACAUUGGCAAAGCUGUUAAGCAGAAGAAUGGACAGGAAGUGUUGUCUGUAAUACAGAAAUAUGAAAAUUUGCUGUUUGCAACAGAUCUUAAGCCAUUGGCAGAGAGAUGUGAAUUGUGUGAAAAGACUGCGUUUCAAGACCACAACCUUCAAUUCUACCAUAAUUACAAUAGAUACUACUUGGAAGCACUUGUAAUCAGUUUCCAACCACUGAAACUAGUUGACUUCAUGAACAGUGCUACAUCAGAAAAGGUUUCCGAGAAAGUAGAGACAAAAGAUGCUGCAGUUGCCACAAAGAAUGGUGAUGAGAAGGCACUGGAAGACAGCAAAGCAUCUGUGGACAAAUCAGAUACAGAUGAAAAAGAUGACAUCACAACUCAAGAAUCUGCUGAAUUAAUAGAGGAUAAUGUCAAGAAGGAAAGUGAUGCUGAAAACAAAGAUGAGGCCGUUUCUGCUGACAAGCGCCAAAAAUUCUUUUCAGAUGCAGAAUUCUCAGAAUUAAAAUCAAAAUUUGAUCGAGAAAAAGCUACAG